ACAUGGAUAAACUAAGGUUCCCACAUCAUACGGUUGACAUAUGACAAUGGCAACGCAAUCUUAUCUUCUGAAUCUUAACUCUUUUCAUGUUCAUGCGGGAAUCAGAAGUAAGUUUUGGGUUUAUGCUUAUGCUUUGCAUUCUUCCAUCAAAGCCUGCUUCACAUGUUUUUUGUUUCAAUUUUUCAAUUUUAUAGGAUGGCAAUGCCAACCUUCAAUAUUCAAGCCUGACAGUUUUGGGUUUGGCAACUGGAAAAGUUCUAAGUAUACCAAUAAAAUAAACGUCAAUGGCAAUUCUGGAGGCAUGCAAUGCUGCUCAUGCUACACAGAUGUUGGAGCUUCUGCAGGCAUAACAAUAUCCUCCCUAUUGGAUGCGGCUACUAUGCAGAAAUCUCUUGAUUCAGAUGUAGACUUGAAUACUCUCAAGCUUAGCAUACCAGAAACUUUGCACACUUCCAUAGAUUUCACGGCAGGAUUGCUUCUUGCUGAUCUUGACCCUGCUACGGCAAAGUUGGCUAUUGGGUUUCUAGGCCCCUUCCUCUCAGUGUUUGGUUUUCUCUUUAUCUUGAGAAUAGUCAUGUCUUGGUACCCAAAACUUCCAGUAGGAAAAUUUCCAUAUGUAAUAGCUUAUGCUCCCACUGAGCCACUUCUCAUUCCUACCCGCAAAGUGAUUCCUCCUCUUGCUGGUGUGGACGUUACUCCUGUGGUCUGGUUUGGAUUGAUAAGUUUUCUUAACGAAAUAUUAGUAGGUCCACAAGGAUUACUAGUUCUCCUUUCCCAACAAGUCAAUUAGUUUACACAUUUGGUAUUUGUGAAUGACAUAUUUUCUAUCCGAUCUUGUUGGAUGUAUACAAAAAGAUUUUUCACACCCCAAAAUUCCUAAACUCAUGUAUUUGUUUGUGACGAAGAGAGAGAUUGUUCUCUCCUUCCAUUUCUUUCAAUGCGGGGUAACAAAUUGUCGAAGCGGCUUGCGUAGUCAAGUGGAGUCUUCUUGUCCCCUAUGUUUCAAUAAUAAACUAGACAUCAUAUUGAUAAAGUCUGCACGUGGGCAGGUUUGGGAGUGUCUGCAUUUACAGGACACGAUAAAUCUAUAUUGUUUGCUGAGACCUGUUACAUAUUCAGAAUGGCAAGUAUAAUAGGUUCCUUUG